AGAUCUUUUUCAACUGAGGGGAAACUUCAAACUCUGUAAAAAAAAAUUCAAUAUUAUUCACCAGAAGACAAAACCCACAGAAGGAGAAGAGAUUUGGGAUUACUUCACCUCGUUUACCGUCAGUCACAGAUAAAAUGUCGUCUGGAAUCCAAGAAGAGCUGUCCUGCCCCGUUUGUCGAGACAUAUUCAGAGACCCUGUUGUUCUGUCGUGCAGCCACAGCUUUUGUAGAAACUGCCUGAAAAGAUGGUGGAGAAAGAAAGAAAUACGCCAGUGUCCUGUUUGUAAGAGUGCAUCUAAAAAGAAAAACCCACCCUGUAACUUGGUGUUAAAGAACCUGUGUGAGAACUUCUUGCUGGAGACAAAUCAGAGUGCUUCAGCAGAGUCCGAGUCGCUCUGCGGUCUGCACUCGGAGAAACUCAAACUCUUCUGUCUGGACCAUCAGGAGCCAGCGUGUCUCAUCUGCAGAGACUCAAAAACUCACAGCAACCACAGAUUCAGACCCAUCGAUGAGGCUGCGCAGGAUCACAGAAAGGAGCUCCAGAUCUCACUGAAACCCUUACAGGACAAACUGAAGGCCUUUGAACGAGUUAAAGGAAACUUUGUUCAAACAGCAGAACACAUUAAGGUUCAGGCCUUUCACGCAAAGAGGCAGAUCAAGGAGCAGUUUAAGAAGCUUCACCAGUUUCUGCAAGAGGAAGAGGAGGCCAGGAUCACUGCUCUGAGAGAGGAAGAGGAGGAGAAGAGUGCGAGUAUGAGUGAAAUGAUUGCAGCUCUGAGCAGAGAGAUAGCAAGUCUCUCAGAAACAAUCAGAGCCACAGAGGAGGAGCUGAGAGCACGAGACAUUGCUUUCCUGCAGAACUACAAGGCUGCAGUGAGCAGAGUCCAGCAGUGCCCCCAGCUGGAUGAUCCACAGCUGGUGUCAGGAGCUCUGAUAGAUGUGGCCAAACACCUGGGCAACCUGACCUACAACGUCUGGAACAAGAUGAAGAAAAUGGUCUCCUACUCCCCUGUGAUCCUGGAUCCAAACACAGCUGAAUCACACCUCUCCAUAUCUGAAGAUCUGACCAGUGUGAGCCUUGGAGAGAGGCAGCAGCUUCCUGACAAUCCAGAGAGGUUUGAUGGCUAUCCGAUCGUCCUGGGCUCAGAGUGUUUCGACUCAGGGACUCACAGCUGGGAUGUUGAAGUUGGAGACAGUCCAAACUGGCUAGUUGGUGUGGCUGAAGAAUCAACUAAAAGAAAGGGACAAACAGACUUUAAGUGUCGAUUGUGGGCUGUGUGGUUCAGUAAGGGUAGUUAUUUCAUACGUUCCCCACUAGAUUCGUCCUCCUUUCAUCCAAAGAAAAAGCUCCAGAGGAUCCGAGUUUGCCUGGACUGGAAAAGCGGGAAGCUGUCAUUCUCUGAUCCUGACAUCAACAUUUACACCUUCACACACUCUUUCACUCAGAAACUUUUUCCAUUUGUUUACACCAAGAACGAACUGCCAUUGAAGAUAUUACCACGAGUGUCUCAUGACAGUGCAGACUCUGAUAGUGAAGGAGAUCACGAUCAAGGUGGUGAAACAGUUAAUGGCAUUCUUGAUGACGACGAUGAUGUUAUUCAUAAUGUUGAUGAUGAUGAUGAUGACUGACACUAUAGCCACAUACCAAUGUUUUCCCUUCAAGUGUAAAAAAAACCCUAAAACCUAUAAAAUACUAGGUUGGUUGCAAACUGCAAAAACUGCGCAAAGCAGUUCUUUCCUGCUAAUUAAAGCUGAUAAACAACAAACUAAAAAGAAAUAUUAGCUCAACAAAAUUGGACCAUAAAAUCCAUAAAACAAAUGAUAUUUUGUUCUGCACUGAAAAUGAUCUGAUAGCUAAUUCUAUUAAAAUGCUAAAAAGGCACUAAGAGCACAGAGUAGUUAGGUCCAGUUCAAUUAGUCAAGCACAGAGGGAUUGGCUGCAGCUGUCAGUGAAAGUGGCCACAGCGAUAAAGAAAGGUAAGUACAACAGAAUAAAAAGGAACACAGGAUUACACAGCCCUAUUUUAUGGUGCAUACACAAACUUGUAUAACACCUUAGUGUCAUACAGAGACUGUGAUAGAAAGAUCACUUAGACACUAUAAGUACAAACAAAAGGUUGUAUUAUGAGGUUGUGACUGUCAAAAACACUGGCUGCAACACAUGAAGUAGACUAUUUUUUAUCAAACUAACAAUAUUUGCAGCUGUUUGUUAUCUUCUAAACGGUAAAUAUAUUUCAUUUUGAAUUCAUUUUUUCUCUGGUUACUCUGUUGCAUUUUAACUGAGUAUUGAGAAGAGCUUUUGUCUGGUAGAAGGUAAAUGAUUGAACUGAUUUGCAGUAAUUCUCAUCGACCACUAGGUGGAGACAAACACAAAGUGAACUUAAAGAGGUGAACACGGAUAAAUCAGUGGACCCUUUGACCCAAAGGAACACUGAACCCCUUUGAUGAAGCAGGUUUGACUCGGUGUAAACAAUUCAGUGUUGUACAUUUGGCCUCAGAGUUUUUGAAGAUGUAAAUGUUUCAAAUGUCAAAAAAUGAUAUUUUUUAGCUCUUAAGGUAAAACCCCCAAAUUCAACAUUUAGUUGAAAUGUGUAAAUAAAUCCAUACAGACUUUCAAAGUACAAAGUAAUCUUGUCUGAUAAUAUUACAUUUGGGGCUGCAAUAGAAAAUAAAACUGCCUUUUAUUCAAAAAGCUGAAAGUAUGAAUCAUGUUCACAUGAUGAGUCCCUAAAAGACUAAAUAUGCAACAAAUCUCUUUUAUUA